GAUGGUUGUCAAGAAAAAGAUGUCCUCUGUGUUCCCAGCUAUUCACAUCAGAAAUGGAUUCAGAUUUCUGGGUUAACUCUGUCGGGGCCCCAGGUGACGAUUACUAUCGUGCAUACGGAUCAACUGGCGCAAAUUCUUCACCUAAUACUAAGAUCCGGGACAGUGAAGAGAUAGAUAUUCAGCUGCAUGAUUUCAAAGUAGGCAUGCGUCCGUUGAGUUCUGUGAGUCCAAAUCCAAAAUCGUAAACGGCAACAUGGCAUUUAAACCAUUUCCCGGGGCGAGGGAGGGAGUAGCGUGAGGGGACUAUUUUUGGAAUUGUUACUAGUGUCACAUAGGUCUAUUUGUCUAAAACUUAUUAUGUAUAUUUAUAAGACUAAUGUGUCAUAUAAAUUUACAUGAUGCAGAUGGCAAUCAUGAUUUGAUGGUAAUUGACUUUAAAUUUGAAUUGAAUGCAUAAUUUCAUUCUUAUAAAGUAAAUAAAAAAUCAGUUAGUUUUAUUUAUAUUUAUGGAAUCCGCACCACUUUGAGUUUCUGUGUAGGAUUUCCCCCCCCCCCCUUUGUUCUUUCAUGGGGAGUUGGUUUUUCUGUUUUUAAUAAAUUUCAUUCUUAUAAAGUAAAUAAAAAUUUAGUUAUUUUUAUUUUUAUUUAUGGGAUCCGCACCACUUUGAGUUUCUGUGUAGGAUUUCCCCCCCCCCCCUUUGUUUAUUCAUGGAGAGUUAGUUUUUCUGUUUUUAAUAUUCAAACACCAUGAUAUGCCUAUCUAAUGUUUUUGAUUGAAGUUUUUUUAAAAUUAAUAUUCAUUGGGUGGUUUAAAGUGGUUAAUUAUAAAAAUAUAAUUAUACUUUAAAAAAACAAGGCUAUACUAUGGUAUCGAGACUAUUUUGCCUGCAUUUUGGAAAAUAAUUUUGAUUUUACUUUCAUCUUUUGGAUUUUAUUUUUGGUGGAACCUGCAAUGAAGUGUGUAAAAGUGUAUUCAAUGAAGCUGUAAUUAAUUAAGGUUUUCAUUAUUUUGAAUAUUUAAAAAGUAAUUGAUAAUUUUAUUUAAAUUUGUAAUUUUCUAAGUAGGCCUACAGUACAGUGUCAGUGUGUAACUUUAGGCUUUAGGACACAAAUACAUGGUUUUAGGGUUCACAUUUGGCCCUAGGUUUUAGGGUUCACAUUAGGCCCAAGAUUAUAGUUAUAGGUUUGAAAGUUUAUGCUCAAGUCACUCUAGUUAGUGGGGACUAAAUUUAGGGGGGAAUUUAUGCUUGAGUUAGGAAUACAGACUUAGCAUUCAGGUUAGGUAGAGCUGUAGAUUUUAGGAUCAAAGUUUUUCUCUGAAAAUUAUUUCAUUAAAUUUUAGUUUUUUUUCCCUAAUUUGUGUUUCCCUGGUAAGUAGUUAAAACAACACAUUAUCUCCCUUCCCCUCCCAUUUUAGCAGACAUAUUUUUGCACUACUGUUGUUUUUUUUUUACUCAGCGGCCACCUUUGUUGCAACUUGCCAUAUGGCAACAAAUGUGGCAGCCAUGGGAAAAAGUAGUGCAGAAUCAUAGAGUGGUGCGGAUUGCAUAAAUAUACAGUAAAAUAAUUUAAUUGCAAUUAAUUUUUUUUUAUUAAUAAUUUUAAGAUUUUCAAUUUACUUUUGAAAGUGAAAAAUUACAUUAUAAUUAUUCAUGUUACUUUCAACUGAUGUGAAUAAAAAAAGUAUGAAAGCUAUACACUAUACUGUAAGUCAAUAAAAUAUACAUAGAUGACCAUAUUAUUAUAUUAUUCCCAGUAGUUUUCUAUGGUCAAUUUAGUCAAACUCAGCUUAAUUAAUUUCAACAUGAAAGUUUAUAGGAGGAAAGGGUGUCAAAUGUUUUAACUGCCUGGGGUGGAAAAUUUGCUAAGGCCGGCUCUAAUUCUGACUACACAAUAAUUUACCGAAGCAUUUAAUACAGACUAAUUGUAGGUAACAUAAAAAGUCACAGACUUUCAAGACUGAAGACAAUGUGCAAUGCAAUCAAAACUAAUUUCUAUUUCUUUGAAUCAAUAAUAUCUUCAGCAGCCUUUUCAACAGGUUGAGCUUACGAGGCCUAAUGCAUCGUCCAUUACAGUAGCCUGAAUCUGGUGCCAAUAAACAUUUUAACAAACUGAACAAAUGCAGCUCACCGCAUAGUCCAGUGCCAGUAACCGUGUCUCUGGUGCCAGCAGCCAUUUUAGCUAAUUGAACUAAUGCGGCGCACCGUAUCGUCCAGCACUAGUAGCCGUGACUCUGGUGCCAACAGUCAUUUGAGAAAGAGUAAAUGCGGUACACAGCAUUGUUCAACAUCAGCAUCUGUGACUGAAAUACUUCUGUACUAUAUUUUCAGAUUAAGUUGUGAUUAGAUUUGGGAAUGGACAACACCACCUCCAUCCCAGGGAAGGGUAAGAAGAGGAAAUGGACCAAAAAGAUCGAAAUUAGCGGAGAUGAGAAAAAACAUCGCAAACUCGAUCAUCUGCUACAAACAGCAGAAACAGAGGAAGAAUGGAAUGAGAGAAGAUGGCAAGAGGUAGCACGCUACCUAAAACGGAAAAAGAACCAAAUAAGCGAUUCGUCAGACAAUGACGUCGCUGUAUUAACAAGGGAUAAAGCUGACGUAGGCAGCCUAAUCAGCUUGCAACUGAAUGCAAAUGGCAUGUGGCCGAAAGAAAGUGAGGGUGCAGAGUUGCUAAAGGCAGAGAAUGUGGAUGUGGCCAUGUUUCAAGAGGCGCGCCUCAAGAAAAAGAGUAUCCACAUCGAAAAAUAUGUCACACAAGCAUGCACAUGUGUCAAGUUCCAUGGGCUAUUCAUACUAGUUUAAGAGACCCCUACUGUCAGGAGGGUGGACAUAAAUUGGAAGAAGCCCAAUACAGUUGCGAUACAUCUGCAGAUUUGGAAGAAUGGAGUCUCCUACUCCAUAAUAAAUAUUUACUCUCCUCCAAUGACAACCAUAGACCUCGAUACAAACCAGACAAGAUUUGUUCGGACUAUUAUUGGAGGAGAUUUAAAUGGCCAGUCCCCCCAAUGGGGCUAUAAGCGAUCAAACGCUACAGGCAAAAAGAUCAUUGACCUGUGUAACUCGUCCAACCUAAAGAUUAUGCAGUAUAAUCUAACACCACCCGCGUGCAUCCAUUCAAGUAAUGGAAGUACAUCAAGGCCGGAUUUAACUAUAAUCUCUAGUGACCUCCUGGAGAAAAGCAUGCUAAAAAUACUUCCAGAUAUAGGCAGUGACCAUUUAUCAAUCCUCCCAACAAUAGGCAAAGGUGGGGCAAACCAAGUAGACCCCCAACCUGCCACCUGAAAGUAUAAAAGUGCUAACUGGCUUAAGUUUACAAACAUGACCAAUGGCAGGAACAUACUCAAUGCGAUAAAAUCAGGCACAAUCAGUGAGAAAUACAAAAAAAAUGGUGUGAGGUUGUUUUUAGAGCGGCAAAGAGAUCAAUCCCUGCAGAGAAUGCAAAAUACAAAAAAAGGGUCCUUCAAAAACAUUAAACUCAGUAAACUAAUAAAACAGCGCCAACAGGCAAGAAAACGGGCCCAAAAGUCAGUGAAUGCUCGGACAAGAUACAACAAGCUAACCAGGAAGGUGAAAAAGCUAACCAUAAGCCUAAAGAAAGAGGCUUGGGUUAAAAGGUGCCAGAACCUGGACCUAAAGAAGGACUAUGCGAAAGUUUGGAACCUGUUAAAAGCCCUAACAGGAGAAAGAGUAAGAUGUAGCCCAAGUCCUAUAGUCCUACAAAUAAUAGAAUAGUCACGUCCGACAGUAAUAGAAAUAAAGCUCUUAACAGUCACUUUGCUGAGACAAACAAACAAAAACAAACGCUGGUCACGAGAUGGCAAAAGAAAAGACAGGGAACGGAUAAGUCUCAAAAAAAUCAAUUGUAAUUGACAAAACAUCAAUUAUGUCAUUCCCGUUCACACAUAGUGAAUUUGUAAUAGCCUGUCAAAAAUGUAAAGAUGACACAGCUGGUGCUCCGGACUGAGUCACUAAUAACAUGCUAAACAGGCUAGGUCCAAAAGCCAAAAAAGUCCUCUUCCAAAUAAUUAAUGAAUCCUGGGACAAAGGAAAAAUUUCAGACCAGUGGAGAGACGCCAAAAUCACGGCCCUCCGGAAGAAAGGUAAACCUCCUGAAGAACUCAGCAGUUAUCGCCCAGUGUCCUUAACAUCAUGCACAGGGAAGAUAGCUGAACGGAUGGUUAACAGGAGAUUCUACUGGUUCAUGGAAAAAUAAAAAUUAAUAAACCCAAACCAAUGUGGAUUCAGGAAGAAUAGACAAGCCGCGGACCAAAUUAUGAGAUUUUCCCAAGGUAAACAAACGGUUUUCAGAACAAAGAUAACACUAUCGAAAUAUUCCUGGACCUGACUGAGGCCUACGACAAAGUCUGGAAGUCAGGCCUCAAACUAAAGAUGAUAAAGAUGGGCAUAACAGGGAAGCUGUACCUUUGGGUCAGCGAUUUCCUAAAAGAAAGAACCAUUUGCACCAAAUUUGAGCUACAGACCUCCAAUAAAGAAAAGCUAGCUGAAGGGGUUCCACAAGGCUCAGCUCUGAGCUGCCUUUUAGUUUUGAUCUACAUCAAUGACCUACCAGAAAUAGUGCAAUCAGAAGUUGCACUAUUCGUGGACGACAUCCCGUUGUGGCGAACUGGUAAGGAUGUUGAAGAGCUUGCUGGACUCUUACAUGCUGAUAUAAGUAAAAUAAAGUGCUACACAAAAAUCUGGCAAUUGGAACUCAAUGUAUCCAAAUCUACCUACACAUUAUUCACUCUGGGUAGAGACGCUAAAAGGAUUCCAUCCCAAAUUUUCUUUGGAGAGCGUCCCCUACAAAAAACAGAAAAUGCCAAAUAUUUGGGUUGCACUAUCAACCCAAAAUUAAAUCUCCACAGAGGAGAUUACAAAUAAAGCCAACUCAAAUCUCUAAGCAUGGUAAAAAGGCUGGCCGGCACCGAAUGGGGAGCUUCUGCAAGCACCCUCAAAGGUCUGUUCAUAGGUGCGGUCAGGUCAGUCCUUGAUAACAACAUGCCCAUCAUAGGCAUUGCAAGCGAAAUGGCACUAAAUAAAGUAGAACUAGUCUAAAACCAUGGCACAAGGCUCAUUUGUGGCACAAGACUCAUGGCACAAGGCACAUGGCACAAGGCUCAUUUGUGGCACAAGGCUCAUUUGUGGCACAAGGCUCAUUUGUGGCACAAGGCUCAUUUGUGGCACAAGGCUCAUUUGUGGCACAAGGCUCAUUUGUGGCACAAGGCUCAUUUGUGGCACAAGGCUCAUUUGUGAGUUCACCCAUCUCAGCUGGUCAGAUAUUGUCAAAUCUAGAACCUCUAAAAAUAAGGAGGGACAGAGCAAUGCUGACAGCUUAUGAAUGUUUCCUAAGAAUGGAACUAACCGCCCACUGAAUGAAAUGAUACACUUCCCACCAAAACAAAGGAUCCCGAAAGAAUCCUUUAUAAGUCUAUGCAACAACCUCAAGCAAAAGGUCCAAUUGCCCAGCAAAAGAGGCAAAAUAAAGUCAGUCACAAAACUUAGGCCUGAUUCUAUAAUCAUCCCUAAAGUCUGGCAAUCGGCUCCGACAAAAAGCAGUGACAUAAACAAUAUACUAACAGAGAAGAAAAAUUAGUGUACAAAUCUUCAUUGACAGGGCAAAAAAUGAAGAAAGAGCCGGUUACGGAAUGCUAAUAAUCAUGCCGGAUGGGUCCACUAUUGAAUCAUUUGGUCCCUGCAGGAUGCAUUACACCACCCAGGAGGCCCAAACUAAAGCCAUGAAAACCGGCUGAGAGACUCUCAUAAGCUACCUAGAUACGAACAAGAUGCAGUCAAUCUUGAUAUUUACAGACUGCCAAGGUCUAGUAAAAGACAUAAAAAACCAAACCAAUAAAGUCAAAAUUGCCCAAAUGUAUAGUCUAACUCAUAAGUUAAAAACCAUACACAAUAUCGAUGUCACCAUAACCUGGUUACAAAGUCACAUUAAGAUAAAUCAGCACAAACGUGUAGAUGAGCUAGCAAAGCUUGGCCUAGCUGAUUCAAUACCUUACAAAAAGGUGUCUUGGGAAGGGGCAAAAGCCAUCCUAAAAGAUCACUUCAAAAAGCAGUGGUUAGCUGAUUGGGAUAAUGGAAAGUGUGGCAGAGCAGCAUGGGAAAACCUCAAGGGGCCAACCCCUAAAGAAAGCUGGUGGAAUAUGAUAAGACAUAGACAUACAUUUUAGUCCCUUAUGACAUAAUGGACUAUACUAGACAUGGUGGUUUCUGUCAAUAGGUAUAGAUUUAAUAAAUAUAUGGGCCUCAUAUAAUAUAUAUGCAGAGUCGGACCCAGAGUGGCUAAUUCCGUCUACUAAUUCUUUCUCUAGGGUCUCUCGUCUAAGUCUAUUCUAAGACUUACACAUGACUUCCCUGAGACUUAUAGGCCAGCUAGAAUAUGGAAUAAAUUCCUAAAAUAAUUAAAUGAUUAUAAAAAAUAAUAGGAUUGAUACUGAGUGAUAAGCAGUAUUAGAUAUAGAGUUGGUGAUUUCAGAAGGCAUUCCUUGAUUUUGCUGCCCUCUCUAAAAAGAAACAUUAAAAAAAAAAAGAGAGGGCCAUUAUCAUCAAAAUGAAACCAUUAUUAGUAUAUCCAGUGGACAGAGAAUGCUGCCCUCAUUGGACUUGCCCCUACACCCAUUUUUUUCCUAAGCCUGUAGUGAUAUGCAGGCAGGUGGAACCAGGGUACUAAGAAUGUAGAGCUCUUCAAAACAUAAAAACAAGCCACUAUGUGAAUGCGUUUUGUUUUGACAUGGUGAAUUUCAAGCUAAUACAAUAACAUUAUUCUGUUUUGUUAAAACAAGUUUUAAUAACAUACAAAAUGAAUAGGUCCAGUGAAUGUACCUUUAUGUAAUACUUUAUGAAAGCAAUCGAUAGACUUGUUUCUUUAUAAACUGUUUGUCACACUAAGUAAAAGAAAAUAAUUUUUUUUCUACAAUUUUUUUUUUCAUUAUUAUUCCAGGGAGCCCAUUUGAAAGAGCCAUUAAUAGCUGAACAUAUGAGCCCAACUGUUGUAAGGUCAGUAUGAUAAGUAAGAGUAAAUUAGUUUAUUCAUUAUAACCCUUUGGGUCCCAGUCACUGACUAAAAAUAUGGAAAUCAAAAUCAAAUAAUAACAUUACACCACAAUAAUUGUGGAAUCGGCCUUAAAAAAAUAAUUGAAAAAGAACGUUAAUAUGAAGUGAUAACUGUACAAAAUUUUUAUUUUAUUAAAAUGUGUAAUUGUGGAUACAUGGAGAUAAUGCUAAGCACACAGAUGAUGGUUGAUACAUUGAGAUAAUGAUGUGAAUAAUAUAAUUUCAGGAUAAUGUUGUCAGUGUUUCAGUGGAACAUCACAUUUAAAUAAACCACUGUUAUAGCUGCCGUUCCUGCAUCAGAAACAUUAAGUAGUAAUUUAUAGCGAUUGCUCUGAAUACAUUGUCAGAAAUUUAAAACACUAACUAGUGUAUGCCUCGUGUCAACACAGUUUUAAUUAUUUUUUACUGCAGCUUCUUUAAAUAAUACGCUCUGAUUUCAGUGUGGAUAAAAAGACAGCCACAAGGCCGACAUCACUCCAUUCAUUGCUCAGUGCACAUUCCAGUGAGCAUCAGAGUGGUUAUUCUGACACCUCAUUCAACCAGCAUGAAAGGUAACUGGAUGCUAAGAUUGAUUUUUAUCUUAAGCCGCCUGGCAUUUCACUAAAAGGUUUUUACAUUUUUUUAUAAUUUUAAGGAUUGUAAAUGAUGUGUAGCUUUGUAUUUUUUUUAAAAUACAUUGUGACAGGGUGGGGUAUGUGUAUAGAACACAUUUUUUAACUUUGAGCUCUUAAUUUCUUAAAUGUUGUUGAAAUCAAAGUUUUUAUUUACUUAGCUGGAUAAAACACCCCAAGGUGAGAGAGAACUGGAAAACUGUUGGGGCAUCUGCAUUUCUGACCUUACUUGGUCUUGGUAAGUUAGCAACUGGAUGAGUUCUUUAAUGAUGUUGAUGUUGUAUCCUUCCUUUAAAUAGCAGGAGAGUCAGAUCUGUACAUUUGUGUCAUUCUUAAAACUCCUUUUAAUUUUCAACAAUUUGUGUUCUUUUCAGUUUUAAUACUCACUGGGAUUGGGUUGGCACUGACGCCUGCAAUAGGUAAGUAGUUCUUCUAUGAGCUUAACAAAAAUUCAUAAUUUAGAUCAAAAUUUUUUUAAUAAUUGCUAAAUCCCUAGCAGAAUUUUAACUCCAAAUUUUUUACAUUUUAUUGAUCAUCUUAAUUAACAUUUCAUUUAUAAUUUGGGUUCAAAUUAAAAGUACUUAUAGCGACAUAUUAUAAUUUGGGUUCAAAUUAAAAGUACUUAUAGCAACAUAAUUAUAAUUUGGGUUCAAAUUGAAAGUACUUAUAGCAACAUAUUAUAAUUUGGGUUCAAAUUAAAAGUACUUAUAGCAACAUAAUUAUAAUUUGGGUUCAAAUUGAAAGUACUUAAAGCAACAUAUUAUAAUUUGGGUUCAAAUUGAAAGUACUUAUAGCAACAUAUUAUAAUUUGAGUUCAAAUUAAAAGUACUUAUAGCAACAUAAUUAUAAUUUGGGUUCAAAUUAAAAGUACUUAUAGCAACAUAUUAUAAUUUGGGUUCAAAUUAAAAGUACUUAUAGAAAUAAAUUAUAAUUUGGGUUCAAAUUAAAAGUACUUAUAGCAACAUAUUAUAAUUUGGGUUCAAAUUAAAAGUGCUUAUAGCAACAUAUUAUAAUUUGGGUUCAAAUUAAAAGUACUUAUAGCAACAUAUUAUAAUUUGGGUCAAAUUAAAAGUACUUAUAGCAACAUAUUAUAAUUUGGGUUCAAAUUAAAAGUACUUAUAGCAACAUAUUAUAAUUUGGGUUCAAAUUAAACAUACUUAUAGAAACAUAUUAUAAUUUGGGUUCAAAUUAAACGUACUUAUAGAAACAUAUUCAUUUGAGCUUAUUCUGUUCUUUCAGAAAGUGUUAGCUUUACAAUAGGAUGAAUACUUGCAUAAUUGUUUUGCUCUGUCUGCAUUAAUUAUGUCCGAUCUUGAUUUGCAAUUGUUUUAAGUUGUUUAUAAUAUUGAGGGACUCACGAUCAAGCAUGUAAAGUAAAUAAAAUGUGGAACAAAAUAUUUAUCUAGAUUUGUUGAUCCAUUUUCCCCUUCAUUAUAGGCUACCACUGUUUGAUAUUUGGAGUAAUUGGUUUGCUGUGUGUUAUACCUGGAGGUAAGUGGUUUCAAUUUUACUCUUUGCUGCAGAGCUUGUUACCCAUUAACUUGGGAAUAAAAUACAUUAUCAAGGAUCUCUGAUUACUUUGUUUAUAAUGAACAUUUUUUUAUUAGAAGUUUUUAAAAGAUGCAUUUUCUUAAAUCUUAUAUUAAAAAUGAUAUUCGAACUGCUGAAAUGACUGACCAUUGUCUAGGAAUCACAGAUAAAUAUGUAGUUUACCUAAAAUAUUUUUCACAAAAUAGUUCUAAAUACAUUUUAGAAGUAACAUUUUAUUUGGAUUGUAGCAUUCACUUGUUAAGCAUUUAUUCCAUGCCUUAACAUCUAUCAUGUUUUGGGGAGAAUGUUGUUCUUUAGUGUUGAAGAGUUCUCUGACCUGGUGAAUCCAAUUAGUCCCAAGUAACUCAUGUUAAUGGACUUUUGCAUUAAAAGACUAUGGUGGGUCACUUGUCUUAAGAGUAAUACUUAAAGAACAAUAUUUUUAUGAAUGACACUAGCUUGAGCCCACCAAACAGCAAUGCUGCGUGAACUUCCCAUCUACUAACUUUACUUGACAAAACAUGCAAGUAACACAUUUUAUAAGAAUCCAAAAUUGUGUGCACCUCCCCCCCCCCUUCCCUUUUUUUCUUCGCAACAACACUUUUCACGCUGCGAAACUAUAUUCAUAUUCAAAUGUCCCUCCAACUUUUAUACAGCAUAUUUUUAACACCAUAUUUAAAUUGAGAUUAUUUCCAUUAAAAAAAAGAAAAUAUUAUGCAUCAAAUACACUUGUGGUAUUUUUAAGAAUCUCAUUUAGCGUAGUUAUCAGGAAUUUUAUUUAGUGAAAUCAGAGCCAUCUGGUAGUGUUAGUGACAUUGUUACAAUGAGUUUUUAUAAACUGGUCGAUAAAAAUUCUUGCCCUUUUAUUGUUUGUUUCCCCUCACUUAUUUGUUUUUAUUCCUGCUGGACAGGUUACCAUUUUGUGUACAUUUACUGUGCUGCGUUGGGUCGCCCUGGCUACGAGUUUGAGAACCUGCCAGUUUUACGCUAAAUCAUUUUUUGGAAAUAUCUUUCUGCAAGGGACACAAGGGGAUAAACCAGGAGGGAAAGUUGAAAGUUUCAAAGUUGAAAGUCAUGACAUGGAUUUAGAACCAAGAACAGGAACUACUUCAAUAUCAACAAACACACUCACAAUGCUGUUGACAGAAUGAAGAGAUCAAAAGUGUCAUUUUAGAUAUACUUUUUUCAAUAAGGAAAAUAAUCUUUCAAAAAAGCUCUGGACCAUUUCUGUAGAUCAAAGACACACAAUGAAUAGAUUGAGCUGGAUCAAAGACACACAAUGAAUAAAUUGAGUCUGGAUCAAAGACACACAAUGUGAAGAUUGAGUCAGGAUCAAAGACACACAAUGUGAAGAUUGAGUCAGGAUCAAAGACACACAAUGUGAAGAUUGAGUCUGGAUCAAAGACACACAACUGAGUCAAGGGUUGUUCAAGCAUUUUUUGCUGUUUUGUUUUGGGGUUGUUUUUGGUAUCUUUGUUCACUGUCGGCUCAUUGCUUCCAUUUUCACAAUUUAACACGGCUCGCAAGUAUCAAAACUAUUUGAUACUGGGUAGAGCUGGCAGUUAUAGAAAUCACCCUUCUUCCCAUUUAAUCUACAGUUUGUACAUAGCAAAUGAG